AUGCAAGGCAAACUCGCAUGUUGCAAGGCAUUGUGGCUGAGCAUGAAGGUGCCGAAGGCAACACAAAGCUUGCAUGUCGCAAGGCAAUGUGGCCGAGCACGAUGGUGCCGGAGGCAACACAAAGCUCGCAUGUUGCAAGGCAUUGUGGCUAGGCACAGGGGUGCCGAAGGCAACACAAAGCUUGCGUGUCGCAAGGCAAUGUGGCUGAGCAUGAAGGUGCCGCAGGCAACACAAAGCUUGCAUGUCGCAAGGCAAUGUGGCCGAGCACGAUGGUGCCGGAGGCAACACAAAGCUCGCAUGUUGCAAGGCAUUGUGGCUAGGCACAGGGGUGCCGAAGGCAACACAAAGCUUGCGUGUCGCAAGGCAAUGUGGCUGAGCAUGAAGGUGCCGCAGGCAACACAAAGCUUGCAUGUCGCAAGGCAAUGUGGCCGGGCACGAUAG